AUGUCUACAGGCAGUCCCGAAGCAGCAGACUCGGCGUCUCCACCCUCGAAAUCAUUUUCUAGAACCCCCACGUCAUGGGACGCCCAGGACGACAUUCUCUUGAUGCAUUUGAAAGACAACCAGAAGCUCGGAUGGAAGGAGAUUGCGCUGCAUUUCCAAAACAGAACGCCCAACGCCUGUCAGUUUCGCUGGCGGCGGUUGAAGAGCGGUAACUUGAAGAAUCCCCCAAAAGCACUUGGAGGGUUGGCUGCUGCGGCCAUGGCUGCCACCACGAGUCCCAGCCCCAGCGGCUCAAGUCCACCAGCUAAUGUGCCCAAGAAAGCUGGAGUCCGUCGUAAAUCUGAGUCUCAGCCACCCAAUUUGGGUCUGGUUUACUCGCCUCUCGCAAAUACAACCUUUACAGGGUACGAGACCGUGUCGAGUGCCUUGACUGGAUUAAAUGCGCUUUCAAACAGCUCGGGAGGUACUCCAAACUCGUCUCAGGGCCCUCAGGGACCCAUCAAUACGACGUCACACCCACAAACAUUUGAUAAUCUGCCAAAACUGGACCUUCCUUUGGAUCCCCAGACCCAUAGCGCAGCUGCGGCAGGUACUCUGGGCGGGUACUUCACCGACAUAUCUGUGGACCCUACACUGAAUUUGCCUCAUAAUAAGCCGCAUCCAGUGGACUCUCACCAGCUGGGGAUUACUCCUCGCAAUUCCGUUGACCAACAACAAACACCUCUCCACAACAACUCGAUCAUCCAAAUUGUACGUGGCGACGACCGGGCGUCGGUGCUGCUGCAGCUGCGGCACUCGGUGCUGAGUCUCCCCCUGAAAUCGAUGAAUAUCCCACAUCACCAGCUGAACAACAGCUCUUUGGCUCAUUUGCCUAUUCUUUUUGGAGGAAACAGUAUUCUGGGCCCUUCAGGAGGAACUUCUAUUCUGGGUCCCUCAGGACUCCCACAGCUCGCAUCCACAUUGUCAGGUAUCCGUAAUGGAUCAAUUGUAGGUCCCCCACAGGCGUAUUUGCGCCGUCUGUCGAUGGUGGUUGCGCAUGAUAGGAGAGGCUCCGACAAGGAGCGGCCCGAACGCAAAGAAAUUGACAAGAUCAAGAAGGAGAAAGACAAGGAUGCUGCGGGCCGGAAACCUGCGGCAGCACAGCCUGUCUUCAACAUUCCCUGGUCAAUGGAAGAGGACGAAUUGUUGAUCAAUCGACGCCGAAAAGAAUUAUCGUUCGCAGAACUCUCUAUUUUACUUCCGCAACGAACAGAAGGCGAAAUCUGGUCUCGAAUUGAUGCAUUAGAGCGUCUCCGGAACGGCCACCGGGCUCUGCGUGAUUCUCGCCGCCGUAGGCUCCUGCUGGUGGGGCUUGAUGAUGUGGAUGAUUUCUACUCAGAGGUGGAUUCUGUGAUCGGUGCCAUUGACAGCGAAGACGAUGAUGACGACGAGGACGUGCUUUUGGACGUUGAAGACAGCAUUCCGGGACAUAUGCGGCGAGGCAAGAAAAGGCGAGCCAGUUCUGCUGUGAAUCCCUUGACAGUGCGAGAAGGAAUACGGCGGAAGCUUCAUUAA